GCGAUAAGUACUUCCUUGUUCUGAUUUUUUAAUUUAUUUAAUCCCCGAAACAUCAGCAGUUUGUGAAACUACAUAAGCCAAGAUGGCGACGUCACGUGAUCAGAAAAAGCUAAACGAUGACAACGACACAGCAAUAUCGAACUACAUAAACAGUGAACAAUUCACCGAUACUGGUACUGACGCGAGGCCUAGCUUCCACCGCAAAACGUCUCAAAACGACAACACUUACACAAAUGCACCAGACGUCGAAGCAACAACUACAUUACCAGACGACUGUGCUGAUGACGAUGUCUCGAAACUUCUGACAUGUUUCACCUGCAACAAGCGCUACAAGGAGCCCAAGUUGUUGGUGUGCUUACACUCAUGCUGUGCACGGUGCCUCCAGACAUACACGGAGACAGGCCAGACUAAAAUAAUCUGUCAGUUCUGCCGAAACUCUCAGCCAUUUCCAGACGACAGUGGAUUACAGGGCGUAUCUCCCAGUUACACACUGCAGGACAUCAUGUCGGCCCUCAGCGAACCAGCACCGACGAAAGAAACUUGCGAAGCUUGCGAAAAGGAGAAACAUCCAGAGUUCAUGUGCCCGACCUGCAAUGUAGCAAUAUGCGAUGCCUGUCGUGUUGCACACGGGAAUCUGAAAAUCACGAAGAAUCACGAGAUAAUUCGCGCAAAAUCUAUCAAGAUGUCUCCACUAGAAGUAAUUUCAGGGAAACAGAGGACGUGUGAGAAGGAUGGCGAGUCCAUUGACUAUCGAUGCAAAACCUGCGGCGUGUUCGUGUGCUAUAAAGAGAUGACAGUGGACCAUAAAGGUCACAAGUUAGAAACUUUGAAAGAUGUAAGAAACAAAGAGAAGAAACACAUGAUGGAUUUGGAAAGAAAAGCAAAACAAACAAUCAAAUUUUCAAAUUCUAUAAAGUCUUCUGUAAAAUCGCAUGAAAGUAAAGUUUUAGAGAGUCUCGGAGCAUUGGAAUUAACAGUUGAUAAAGCAAUAGGAGAGGCUGUAAAAACACUGAAUGAACAAGCAACCACUCUGAAAUGCAGUAUUCAAAUAAAAAGGCUACAAGAAGCCAAGAAAAUGGCUGACAUUUUACAAGAAGCAUCACAAAUCGAAAGGUUCUCAACAAGCGUCCGUAACAUAAUGCAGAACGUCACCAGCAAUUCGUCUGACAUCGAUGCCCUAACACUUUACUCGUGUUGCGAGCAGAUAUUUGCGGAGGCGAGAACGGACAAAAUUGGCAUCACAUACGGCAAUGAACUUUUCUUCAAGCCGUCUGACUCUCUGCUACAGAUCCAGACCUCGACCGAGUGUGGGAAGAUCUGCGAAUUGGGAAACUACCCGGAUUUCCUUCACACGAACGAGACGAUGACCCUCAACUCGAUCUCGAACAUUUCCGGACUCGCCAGGAGCAAGUACGGUGAGAUCGCCCUCACGUCCUACUGGAACAACAAGUUCGUCCUCAUAGGACCAGAAGGUGGGAUAAUCCGGGAUGUCAGUAAGCACGUGAUGCGGCCAUGGGAUGUGGCCUUCACCAAUGACAACGCGAUGGUGAUAUCAGAAGGCGGUGAUAGGCUUGGUCACGGGAUGCUGAAGCUGUUUAGUCCAGCAGGAACUUUCGUGAGGAACAUCAGAGAUAAUUCCAAGUCUCCCGGAGGGAUAGCUGUGGACAGGAAUGGCCGUCUGCUAGUUUGCGAUGACCACGAGGCGUGUGUCAAGAUAUUUUCACUCGGUGGGAAUCUGCUCGACCAGAUUAAGAGUCAGGACAGCGAGUACCAAUUCCAGGGUCCUCUGUACGUGACUACAAACAUAAACGAUGACGUCAUUGUCUGCGAUGACCACCGCUCGAUCAAGAUUUUCACUUCCUCUGGACACGCGAAGAGCAUCUACAAAGUGAGCGACAAGCACUACCUGCAAGGUGUGUGCACAGAUGACUACGGACAGAUCCUGGUCAUAGACUCCGUGGAGAAGGGAAUCCACGUGCUCACGGCCAAUGGCGAUCUUCGUCGCUUCGUGGUGCUGGAGGAACUGACAAAUGUCAGUGAGAUGCAGACGAUCUGUACGCGAUCUCCCACCAGUGUUAUGAUUGCCGGGAAGAGUUCCAAAGUCCUCAUUGUGGAACUGUUUCAGGAUCAGAACCUGUCAGAAAGGUUGACUUGAUUACCCAACAAAUGUGGAAUCAGCAGUAUAAUUUACAGCCAUGUGGAAUCAACAGUAUAAUUUACAAACAAUUGUAAUGAGCAGUAUAAUGUACAAACGUGUAAUCAGCAGUAUAAUUGUACAAACAUGUGUAAUCAGCAGUAUAAUUUACAAACGUGUAAACAGCAGUAUAAAUUCACGGACAUGUGUACUCAGCAGUGUAAUUUACAAACGUGUAAUCAGUGGUGUAAUUUACAAAUAUGUGUAAUCAGCAGUAUAAUUUUACAAACGUGUAAUCAGCAGUAUAAUUUACAAACGUGUAAUCAGCAGUAUAAAUUCACGGACAUGUGUAAUCAGCAGUAUAAUUUAUAAAUAUGUAUAAUCAACAGUGUAAUUUACAAACAUGAAAUUAGCAGUGUAAUUUUCAAACGUAAUCAGCCGUGUAAUUUACAAAUAUGUGUAAUCAGCAGUGUAAUUUACAAAUAUGUGGAAUCAGCAGUGUAAUUUACAAAUAUGUGUAAUCAGCAGUGCAAUUUACAAAUAUGUGUAAUCAGCAGUGUAAUUUACAAAUAAGAAAUUAGCAGUGUAAUUAACAUACGUGAUUUCGGCAUAAUAAUUUGCAAAUAGUAUGUGACUUCAGCAGUAAAAUCAACAACUGUAUAAUCAGCAGUGUAACUAGCAAACAUUAUAUCAGAACUAUAGUCUACAAAUAUGUAGAUUCAGCAGUAAUAUUAACACAUUCGAUGUAGAAUGAUCAGUAAUUAGAAAACGUCAUAUCAGCACUAUAUAGUAUGUUGAUUCAGCAGUGAUAUCAACAAACGUAGAAUCGGCAGUAUAAUUAGCUAACAUUAUAUCAGAACUUUAGCCUACAUAUAUUUAGAUUCAGCGGUAAUAUUACAAAUUUGAUAUGAAAUUAUCAGUAAUUAACAAACGUUAUAUCAGCACCAUAGCUUGUAAAUAUGCGAAUUCAGCAGUGAUAUUAACAAAUGUGGAAUCAGCAA